AUGGCGUCCCAUGCUCCUGUUAUGGGCAGCAGCGGGUUUCCAGUGUCGAUAUACACCGUUGUUGUCACGGCGGUCGUCAUAUUUGGUUGUUAUAUCUUGUCGAACUCGGAAAACGCUCUCUAUCCUGGCUUUGAUGCAGUCGGCCUUGAUCCCAAAGCCUGGACCUAUGCAGACGCUCGCAAGAAAUACGCCCAGAAUGCAAAGGCCGUGCUCUGGGAAGGGUUGAAGAAGUGUAAAGGGGCAUUUCAGGUGUACACGAUGGCCGGCCCGAGAAUCGUCCUCGACGCCAAGUAUCUGGACGAGUUGAAGAAUUGGCCCCAUGCCGAUUUUGCGAAGAAUAAUGCGAAGCAAUUUUUCGGGAAUUACCCUGCCUUAGGCUUAUUCGGGGAGCAAGGAAACGGCGAGAUCAUCCAAGAUACUGUGCGGAUCAAGCUCACGCAGUCACUCAAUCGACUCACUCCGAUCCUGAACGGCGAAGCGAGAGACGCUUGGAAAGAGUUGGCCGGGGAUUCCGAAGAAUGGCAUGAGUUCCACGUGUGGUCCAAUGUUCUGCAACUGGUCGCCCGCGUGUCAGCAAUCACCUUCAUUGGCCCCGAGCUCUGCCGCGACAAGAAUUGGAUCGAUCUCUCCGUGAACUAUGCCGUGGAGGCGUUUGACUGUGUGCGUGCCUUGCGCACCUGGCCCAAAAUUCUCCGCCCGAUCGUGCACUGGUUUCUGCCCCAGCUCCAACGACUCAGGCAGAGACACCGGAAAGCCCGGCAGAUCAUCGAAGGAGAAUGGAACAGACGGCAGCGUCUGGCACAGGCCGAUCCAGAUGCGAAAGUCACCUACAGUGACGGCAUGCAGUGGCUCCACGAGACGGCCAAGGGUCGUCCCUACAACCGAACCGACUCUCAGCUGACGAUGGCGUUCGCGGCGAUCCACACGACAUCGGACCUGAUCACCAAGGCCAUCUUUGAUAUUGCGGCCAAUCCAGAAAUCAUCGAGCCACUCCGGGAGGAGAUGAAGCAAUGUUUGGCCAAUGGGUUCACGAAGACGGCCCUGUACACCAUGAAGCUACUUGACAGCGUGUUGAAGGAAUCCCAGAGAAUGAGUCCCAGUUCAUACGCCCCGUGCAUGAGACGGAUCGACGAAUCCUUCAAACUCUCGGACGGGACGGUGCUCCCCAAAGGCGCUCAGCUGGCCUUCACGGCGAACCGCAAUUUUGACUCCGCCGUGUGGUCAGACCCCGACAAGUUCGAUGCCAGGCGAUUUCUACGACUUCGGAGCCAGCCCGGCCAGGAGAAUGCCUGGCAGUUCGUCACGGCCAAUGUCGACCAGCUCGGCUUCGGGGCCGGACAACACGCCUGCCCGGGCCGCUUCUUCGCAUCCAACGAGACCAAGAUUGCGCUGUGCCAUUUACUGCUCAAAUACGACAUCAAGCUCGCCACUCCCAGUCGGCCGUCGAAUUUCACCAUUGGCGCUGAGAUUGUCGCUCCAGUCGUGGAGCCCAUUCUCAUCCGAAGGCGGUUCGACCUCGAGGGGCCGCUGCUGGAGUAG